CUGCUUCUUUCGUCGAGAGUUUGUCGACGCGCCGCAACGGCAAUGGCGUCCUAGAAGGCUUUGAUUCCGGUCGCCGUCGCGCAAUUCGGGCUUCCGAAUUGGUUCAGUUCGCAGGGAAGUAGCUGAGUCGUUUUUAUGUCUGUUUUAUCGGGCGAUGAGAUAGUUGGAGCUAGGAGGAGAUAAAAGUGGACUGAGAUGGAUCUGAAUGCUCUUGGGACUUCUGCUGGAAUUAAUAUAGGCGUGUGUGUGGGAGUUUUUUCAUUAUAUUCCAUAUUGAGAAAGCAACCGAGCCAAGCUAGGGUCUACUUUGGGCGAAGGCUUUCAAUUGGCGCAAGGAAAUGUACUGCAUUAUGCUUGGAUAGAUUUGUUCCCUCUGCUAGUUGGAUAGUGAAAGCCUGGAAAACAACAGAUGAAGAAAUACUGAAUAAUGUUGGCUUGGAUAGUGUUGUAUUUGUGAGGAUAAUUGUCUUCAGUCUCCGGAUAUUUUCCAUUGCUGCCGUCACAUGCAUUCUUAUAGUGCUUCCAGUGAAUUAUCAAGGGAACGUGCUCGACCACAAGGAUCUCCCUUAUGAAACCUUGGAAGUAUUUACCAUCUUGAACGUUCGACAGGGUUCAAAAUGGCUCUGGACCCAUUGUCUCGCAUUGUACAUUAUUACGUUUUCAGCUUGUGUUCUCCUUUACAUCGAGUAUAAGAGCAUCACUAAAAUGAGACUGGCACAUAUUACUGGAUCCCAUUUAAAUCCAAGUCAGUUUACAGUUGUUGUUCGUGCUAUUCCCUGGUCUCAGGAAGAUACCUACAGUGAUUCAGUAAGAAAAUUCUUCAUGAGGAAUUAUGAGUCAAGCUACUUGUCUCACCAAAUGGUGUAUCGAUCUGGUAAAAUUCAGAAACUGAUGAGCAAUGCUGGGAAAAUGUGCAAGAUCUUGAAGGAUGUUUCUAUUGAACAGAACCAUAAACCAGGCUUAUAUCAUUGUGGUUUUUGUGGAGCAAAUUCCGAUUCUUUUCAGAUUCUCUCACAUGAAUCUGAAAGUUCUAGAGGGAACCUAAAUGUCGGGUCUCUUAUACAGGUGUGUGCUGCUGCUUUUGUCUUUUUCAAGACUCGCUAUGCUGCUCUUGCUACAUCACAGGUUCUUCACUCAUCAAAUCCUAUGUCAUGGGUGACACAGCUGGCUCCAGAGCCAAAAGAUGUCUACUGGUCAAACCUUUGGAUACCAUAUGGACAAUUGUGGAUCCGUAAGAUAGCUACACUUCUGGCUUCUAUUGCCUUUAUGCUUGUGUUUCUUAUUCCUGUCACAGUCGUUCAAGGAAUGACACAUGCAGAUAAGCUACAAAAAGCAUUACCGUUCCUGAAAGGUCCUCUUAAGAAGAAAUUUAUAAGCCAGGUGAUGACGGGUUACCUACCAAGUGUGGUUUUAAUUUUGGCUCUGUAUACAGUUCCACCAAUUAUGAUGGUUCUUUCAGCACUGGAGGGUUCUAUCUCUCGCAGUGGAAGGAAAAAGAGUGCAUGCUUCAAAAUCUUAUACUUCACUAUCUGGAAUGUUUUUGUUAUGAACAUCUUUGCUGGGACUGUCAUUGAUUCAUUCAGUGUAUUUAAAAAAUUGGAUAGUGUGAAAGACCUACCUCCGCAACUUGCGAGCGCAAUUCCUGCACAGGCUAAAUUCUUCAUGACUUAUGUUUUUACAUCUGGUUGGGCAAGCUUGGCAUGUGAACUCUUGCAGCUAUAUCCUCUUCUUUGCAACUUUAUCCGAAGAUAUAUAUUCAGAAUGAAAGACUGGGCUAUUGACACAAUGUCUUUUCCGUAUCAUACAGAAAUUCCUAGACUCCUGCUGUUUGGGUUCAUUGGAUUCACCUGCUCCAUCUUGGUUCCCCUAAUAUUGCCCUUUUUGCUCAUUUACUUCACACUUGCUUAUUUUAUAUAUCGAAACCAGAUUAUCAAUGUUUAUAUAACAAAGUAUCAAAGUGGGGGACAUUUAUGGCCUACGGUUCACAAUACAGUCAUUUUCUCAUUGAUUAUGAUGCAAAUAAUCGCUCUUGGUGUCUUUGGAUUAAGAAAAUCACCAGUAUCAUCAGGUUUCACUUUUCCGCUGGUUAUUUUCACUCUUUUGUUUAAUCAGUACUGUCAACAACGAUUUCAUCCAGUAUUCAAGAACCAUGUUGCGGAGAUUCUUAUUGAGAUGGAUCGGGAAGAUGAAAAAUAUGGGAGGACUGAAGAGAUUCAUCAACAGUUGCAUGCAGCCUAUUGCCAGUCCCCUUCAACUUCUCCUGACACGAGUAUGGCAGGCUCAUAUCAUCACCAGGAAGAAGAGAGCAUUCAGGAUCCAGAGAAUGUGACACCAGGAAAGGAACCCAGCCAAGUAAGUUUGAACUGGUCCGUUGCUAGCACUUUUGGAGCCCCAGAGCCAAUAUAAAUUCAGUUUUCGCGGUGCAUAAUUUACUUUCUUUUGAUUCAAACUCGCUGUUGAUGGUGCUUCUGGAAUGAAACGCUUGCAUGAAGAAAGGUAUAUACACCUUCAAGAAAAAGCGUUGUACAGACUAUACACACUAGUGAAACAUUACCUUACGAAAUGCAGAGCUCCACAAGCGUACAGCCGGACUCUGUUUUCUUUUCUUUAAUAGGAUUCUUAAAAAGCAACUACUGUUUUGUUGCUUUUGUACAGUUCUCAGUUUUGAUCACAUAAAUUCAGAUAGUUUAGAGGUGUUUUCGCAGCCUUUGUGGUUGUAAUGAAGCCUAUUGCUUGGUUCAAAAGAAUUGCUGAUAGCGGGUAUACGGUAUAUACCAUUGUGUUCAAUUGUUUAUUGGAUAUUGGAUUAUCAGUGUUCAAUACCAUUUAAGAUUGUAAACCAUGUUCUUGAUAAUGUCCAUGUUGAUUCAAGUUUGAUCUUUUUAAACAGUUUGAAUUACAUU